AUGCCUCAAAUCAUUGGCAAGGAAGUCGGUCCCGUGGGGUUCGGUCUCAUGGGCUUUACCUGGCGGCCCGAGCCCCCCCCGCUGGAGCAAGCUUUAGAUGCCCUAAAGGCCGCCGUGGACUCCGGCUGCACGCUCUGGAACGGGGCCGAGUUUUACGGAACUCAGCAGUAUAAUACCAUGACAUUGCUCAACAAGUAUUUUACCAAAUACCCCGGGGACGCCGACAAGGUUACCCUCAUCAUCAAGGGUGGCAUGGACCUGGCUACCCACGCACCCGAUGGCUCUCCGGAAGGAGUGCGGCGCUCGCUCGACAAUAUCCUAAAGCAACUGGAUGGGAAGAAGAAGCUCGACCUGUUCAGCUACUCGAGGAGGGAUCACAAGGUUCCUUUGGAUGUAACGUAUGGCACAAUUCAGAAGGAUGUGGAGACUAUCCACGAGGCCACCAAACAUGCCAAGAUUUGGGCCGCCGAGGUUGAACUCAGUAUGUUCUCCCCAGACAUUCUCCGAAACGGGGUCGUGGCGGCGUGCACCGAGCACGGCAUUCCCAUCACCGCAUAUGCGCCAAUUGGGCGAGGCAUGUUGACUGGGAGGUUCAAGAACGUCGAGCAAAUCAAGGAUCGCGGAGUCAUGGCGUCAUUCCCGAGAUUCCAGCCAGAUGCGUUCAAUCACAACCUCAGGUUGGUCAACCAGGUUGAGACUCUAGCUAAAGAAAAGAAGUGUUCUCCCGCCCAGCUGGCGAUUGCUUGGGUCAGAUAUCAGGGUAACCGGGCUGGUAAGCCGACCAUUGUUCCCAUCCCCGGAGCCACUGCAGUUUCUCGAGUCGAGGAGAAUGGCCAAGCCGUCAUGCUGGAAGAGAUUGAGGUGGCAAAAAUCGACAAGAUCGUCGACAGCUUCGAGACUGCAGGCCAGCGCUAUCCUUCGUCUUUGCCCAUGGAGCAGUAA